AUUUUUCAUAAAUGUUGAAUGCCAUCUUGAAAAUUUUCCUUACACUCCUUGAUCUUCAUAUUCUCUGAGAAUGGCAGAAUAUUGUGAAAACAACAAUAGAACCUUUUUCUGGAGCUGGAUAGGCAUCUUGAACCAGCGAAGAGAUCAAGGGUUGCACACACUGUUUGGUCUAACCCUAGAAGUGGUGUGGGGCUGACAGUCCCCUGCACAGACAGACAAGAGCUCCGCCUGCCGGUCAGGUCACCCGGCCAGAGCAGGCACGUCCUGGGACGCCUUUCCGCUCUCCCCAGAGCUCUUCCUGCCACAUGCUGGCCACGCCCCUCGCGACUUCAGCUGGCCAUGGCAGCAAGGCUGUGUACGCGUUGCCUCCCUCCGGUGUGGCUCUGCAGGCAAGCCUGGCAGGGCCAAGGCCGGCACUACCGAGCUGCACUCUGCACCGAGUUGAAGCAGCCCCUGACCAUUCAAGAGGUGGCUCCCCGCCCCGUCGGGCCACAGGAGGUCAGAGUUGAUGUUCAUUUCUGUGGUGUUAACUUUGCUGAUAUUUUGGCCUGUCGUGGUCAGUAUCAGGAAAAGCCUCCUCUUCCCUUUACACCGGGAAUGGAGUUUUCUGGGGCUGUCUUAGAGACAGGAACAGAUGUCAGCACUGUGAAAAAGGGAGAUCGAGUUAUUGGAGUAAGUAGCUUUCAUGCUAUGGCGGAGCAGUGCAUCACGGACCAGAAGACCCUGUGGCGGAUUCCAGAAAAUGUCUCUUUGCAAGAUGCUGCAGUGUUACCGGUAUCUUAUGGCACAGCUAUUUUGGCUGUAGAUCAUCGGGCCCGCAUCCAGCCCGGAGAAACUGUUUUAGUGACAGCAGCUGCUGGAGCCACAGGCCUCGCAGUGAUAGACGUGGCGACAAAUGUGUUCCGCGCCAAGGUCAUAGCUGCCACUGGAAGUGACGAGAAGUGCAAGCUGGCGGUGCAGAGGGGAGCACAGUUCAGUGUGAACUACAGCCAGGGCAGCCUGAGGGAUGCAGUGAAGAAGCUGGCAGGCAGCGGUGGGGUCAACGUAGCCAUUGACAUGGUGGGAGGAGAUGUCUUCCUGGAGUCUCUCCGCAGCCUGGCGUGGGAGGGCAGGAUCGUGGUGUUGGGAUUCGCUGGAGGAAACAUUGCGUCCGUGCCCAGCAACCUGUUGCUCCUGAAGAACAUCUCGGCCAUGGGACUGUACUGGGGUCGCUACCAACACCAGGACUUUGCAGUGUUUUCCAAGAGCAUGUCCACAGCCAUGCAGUACUGCCAGCAAGGGCUCAUCCACCCCCACACGGGUGCCGUGUUUAAGCUGGAGAAGAUCAACGAUGCCUUCCUUCAUGUGAUGCAGCGCAAAUCCACGGGCAAGGUGCUCUUGUCCCUCAAGUAAACCCUACCCUGGGCAGACUCCCAAGUCUGCUGUCCCUCCUGCAUUUUAAAGGGCUCAUCCUUAGUGACCCAGGUGCCGUGUCUUGGUGUCAGUUCUCCUUGCUUCUGCUUUCUUGCUGCCUGUAAUCAUUGUGGCCACAGACAUUCCUGCCUAAACUUAACCCCUUCUGUGAGCAAAAGGUACUGUGAGUUCCUUGAGAAAUAGGUACUGUACUGGCUAGUUUUGUGUCAACUUGACACAGCUGGAGUUACCACAGAGAAAGGAGCUUCAGUUGAGGAAAUGCCUCCAUGAGAUCCAGCUGUAAGGCAUUUUCUUAAUUAGUGAUCAAGGGGGAAAGGUCCCUUGUGGGUGGGACCAUCUCUGGGCUGGUAGUCUUGGUUCUAUAAGAGAGCAAGCUGAGUAAGCCAGGGGAAGCAAGCCAGUAAAGAACAUCCCUCCAUAGCCUCUGCACCAGCUCCUGCUUCCUGACCUGCUUGAGUUCCAUUCUCGACUUCCUUUAGUGAUGAACAGCAAUGUGGAAGUGUAAGCUGAAUAAACCCUUUCCUCCCCAACUUGCUUCUUGGUCAUGAUGUUUUGUCCAGGAAUAGAAACCCUGACUAAAACAGGUACUAUGUCUGAAUCACCUGCUGACUUCCUAUACCUUCUACUAUUCAAUUUAACUUGUCUGGAAUCUUAAAUUGUGGGAUUAGAUUAACAAUAUGUUGUUCAACCCAAAUGCCCUUUGACAGGUGAAUGUAUAACUAUGCGUACUAGUGUAUUUAUAUAUACAUAUAGCAUAUGUGCAAUAUAUGUUAUAUUGCAUAUGCAUUGUAUAAUAUGCAUACAUUGGAAUAUUUUUAGCUUUAAAGAGGAACAUCACCAUUCACAGACAUGCUACAAUAUGUGUCAACUUUGAGGCCAUUCUCCAUAAGAUUGAACAUAUUUAAAGAAAAGACAUGCAUUCUGUGAGUCCACUUAUAUUAGAUUCCAUCAAGUUCGACAAAGAUAAAGUGGAAUGGUGGUCAUCAGGGACCCCCUUGGAGUAUAUCCUGGUAAACUUGACAGUGCUUUCAUGGGGAAAUAGGGAUUUACUUAAGGCAUGUGGCAUUUCAGGUCAGAAAGAUGGAAAAUCAGUAGAAAUGGGGGGCAGUAAUGAUCACCAUAAUGAACUGCUGAGGUAUAUACUUGGAAUUAUUUUUAAAAAACUGUUGAAACGGUAAAUGUUAUGCAUGUUUUGCCAUGAUAAAACAGUUCUUAUAAAAAGAUGUGUUACUGUUACUUCUAACUAAAUGGAUAGAUUCAGGGGAGAGAGCAGAGCGUGUGUAGAGUGCUGGGCUCAGUGGGUGGGAGCCGCUGUGCUGUGUACGUUCUGGUCUUCGGGAGAGACCUACCAUUAGGUGCUGAACAUUCUGCAGACACUCCUUGAUUUAUGAUAGUUUAACUGUGACUUCCCAAUAUAUACUUAUAUUCUUUUUCAAAAUGUGUGUGAAGAUAAAUUUUUGCAUAUGUA